AUGAACCUAACUACCUAUGGGCAUUGCCUUGUAGCAGUCUUCGUUGGAGGAACCAGCGGUAUUGGUGACUCAACAGCUCGGGCCUUUGCGCAGCACAGACUUUUCCGCAUUUACCUGGUCGGACGGAACAAAGAACAAGCGUCUAAAAUCUCCCAGGAUAUACAUGGGCAUAAUCUGCAUGCGGACAUGAUAUUCUUGAACAAAGACGUGUCUCGGUUGCGGGCCGUAGAUGAGGUGUGCCAGGAGAUCAAGGUAAAAGAGAAGGAGGUGGAUCUUUUGUUCCUUAGCACUGGAAUCUCGAAAGGAGGUGAAUUUGAGUGA